GGAGGUGAGGGUGGCUGUGAGCAGAGAGAGAGACAACCUGAGGCUUUCAGGGGUGAGCGUGUCUCUGCUGGAGAGAGAGGAGAUGGAGAGGCAGCUGGACGGAGCCAAGACUGAGCUCUUUACAGAGCAGCGUAGAUCAAGGAUCAGACUGGACUCUUUACAAGAGCAGCUGGAAGAGGCUCGUGAGGAGCUCCAGCGUGUGAAGGAGGAGGAGAGACUUCUGAGGAGCCGCUGUGUCAGGCUGGAGGAGGAGAGACACAGGCAGGAGGCUGUGCAGCUGCAGGUCAGCAGGUUGAGGAGGGAGCUGGGGGCUCUGGAGAAGAUCCUAGCCCAGAAGGAGCUGCGGCUGCUGGGUCUCCAGGAGGAGCAGAGCGCCCUGGAGGAGGAGAGGGAGGGCCUGCGCGGGGAGAUCCAGAGCCAGGGCGACCAGCACCUCGCCGCCCUGAGAGAGGCCCAGGAGCAAGCACUCUUCCAGGGGCGGCGAGAACUGCAGCAGCAGAAAGAGGAGCUGGCUGUGGUCCACAAGGAAGAGGUUCAGCAGGUUCAGAGGCAGGCGAAGGCGGACACAGCUACAGCUCUGCAGGAACAGGCUCGGUCUCACGCACAGCACCUUGAGGCCAUGCAGACACGCAUCCAGCUGAAGGAGGAGGAGGUGAGAGAGCUGAGGGAAGCUCUGGAGGCGCAGAAGGAGGCGGCGAGGAGGCGCGAGGAGGAGCUCCUCGCUACAGCCCAGCAGAUGGUGGAGGAUGCCGUGGAGCAGCAGAGGAGGAGGGGGGAGGAGGCCGUGCAGGUGCAUGCUGGGAUGCUGAAGGAGCAGCACAGGGAAGCUCUGGAGAGAGCCGGGGCAGAGACAGAGAAGGAGAGGAGGCACGCUCUGACGCUGCAGAACACAGUGCUGGAGCUGCAGCAGAGGUUGAAGGAGCUGGAGCGGGAGGCGUGUGGCCACCAGGGGGCGCUGGUGUCCGUGCAGGCCGCACUGCGCCGCACCCUGGGAGACGAGCACCAGGCUGAGCUGCAGAGACUGUGCACACGCAUGGAACAGGAGAGACGGGAGGAGGAGUCACGGCUGGAGCAGAGGGCCUGGAGGGCGGAGGGGGAGGCGGGCAGGCUGAGGAGCCAGCUGGCUGGCAGGGAGGCGGGGGCAGAGGAGAGGACAGCCAGGCUGGAGCAGCAGAUCAGGCGCUGGGGCCAGGAGCUGGGGGCCGAGUGUGAACACCUGCAGCUGCUGCUGGAGGACAGCGGGGUCCCUGGGAGCACCAACGAGCCCCCUCACUGUCCUACGGUGGCCCAGGCUGUCCAGACCUUGCGGGCGCUCAGGGUUCAGCUGCAGCAGGAGAUGUCCUUCCAGAGACGCAGCGCCCAGCACCUCAGCAGGGACAAGGAGCGAGAGUUGCGUUUGCAGAGAGAGCAGCUGGAGAUGGAGAGAGAACAGGCGCUGGACUCACUGAAAGAGAGACUCAUUCAGGACCACAUCCAGGAGCUGAGCGGUGUGACCCGGGCCCAGCAGGGGGGAGGCGGGGCGGGAGGCGAGGGGGGCGUGGAGGGGGGCGUGGAGGGGGGCGUGGCGUGGUCCCUGCGCAGGCAGCUGCAGGCUAAAGACCAGGAGCUCAGGGAGGUCCAGAGGAACAUGGGGCAGUGGAAGGAGCAGACCAGCGUCCGUCUGGCACGCAGGUUUGAGCAGGAGCUCACCUCCGAACUGGAGAGGUGCAAGGCACGGUUGUUGAAGGGGAGGAAGGCCCCCAAGGCCCGAGAGGAGAAACAGAGGACUCUGGAGCAGCUGGGGCCCAGGUUCCCCCCCUCCUCUCCCUCUCUCCCCCCUGGGGCCCCUCCCUCUCUCCCCCCUGGGGCCCGUCCCUCUCUCCCCCCUGGGGCCCCUCCCUCUCUCCCCCCUGGGGCCUCCCCCCCAGACCUGGCCUCUCUCAAGCUGCUGCGGCACCUCCAGGGCCGGGUCCAGCAGCUCCGGGCUGAGAACCAGGCUCAGGCCUGCAGCCCCUUGCCCCCCAGCAGGGGCCACCCCAGCAGGGGCCCCAGGAGCCUGGCAGGGUCCUACCUGGAGACCGUGGGUGGUCCGAUUCAGCCCAAAGCAGAUUUCCACUUCAUGCAGUAGAAGGGGACGAUCACACACAUCUGGAUGUGUGGACCUGUGUCGUCUCUGGAUGAGUGUUUUUGUUGUCUUGCAUUCAGUUGGCACCAUCGCAGCACAGCGUUGGGUUCUGGAGUCCCUCGUGGUCCAGAGCGACCCAGAGCUGACUCCUCGACCAGGCACAACGUACGCGUGAUGACAAGUCGUUAAAGGACUUUCGAAGUGUCACUCGAUCGUUCUCCCGUAGCCUGAGCAGAUUUCGUAACUGUUUAACGACUGGCAGGUCACAGUGACACCGUCACAGUACCGCUCGUCACUUCGUCCGUUUUCUCAGCAAAGCUGGUUUUACUGCAGGGCUCAAGGUUGGGGACAGGGCGUGGGUGAAUGAGUGAUCGACUGGUUGCUGCAUACCACAGAGAUGACACAGAGGUCAUGAGGUCAGGGGCGGGAAUAGAAGCCCUCUGAGUAUCCACGUUGUCUUUUGUAAGAUUGGCUUCCAGUGUUUCUACAGUGUUCUUCAGUGAUCCUGACUUCAUAUUGAGUGGAUUUGACCAUUAAACAGUAAUGCACAUGAUUUUUUUGUUUUA